GAACCGUUUGCGCUGAAAUGUGACGCAAUCCGUAAGCGACGGCAAACUAAUGAGAUGGAUUGUUUGAUCACACAAGUGAGAGUUGUUUGUUAUCGCUGAAACUUGUUUGACGAUUGCAGAAAUGUGGUAAUCUUCUUCCUUGGCUUGUAAGGCGUAACCCCUGAGAAGGAUCUCCAUUCUCCACCCUCUAAGACUUCAGUCUGAAACUGUCAACKACCUGGCCAGCCAGGGUGCAGCUCUAGUCCAGGGUCCCUAUCCACCCACAACUCAGGCAGAGAGUCCAUCUACUGGGGAGCUCCCWGGUUCAGUGCCCCUGAGGGCUGGGACCAGCACUGUGGGCCAGAGGCAGCUGUGAAGGGAUGGGGUAGUAGCUGAGGACAGAGCCAUGGUUCAUAACGUCUCAGUCCCCCAAACACCACCGCCGGCACUGGUGGGCACCAAUGGCCGCUCCUCUGGGAGGAAGAGGACACCCAAGGCAUGUGACUGCUGUGGGCCAAACUCUAAGCACCACAAUGGAAAGGACCCACAUGGGAAGACUCCAGGUGGCAAGCCCAGACAACGCAGGGCCCAGCCGGGGAAGGGCAGGGGCCAGGCACUGGGGGAGACCACCAAGAGGACAGGUGGUCACCACUCUUCUGAGAAGACCCAGAUGACAGAGGAGCAGGUAACAGCCAUCCGACAGGAGCUGGAGAAAGACUCAGUUGAGGAGGAGGUAACCAACUCCUUGGCUCCACCUGUAACCAACUCUGUCAGUCAACCUGUAAUGAAUGUUGUGGCUCCACCUGUAUCCAACUCUGUCAGUCAACCUGUAAUGAAUGUUGUGGCUCAACUUGUAACCAACUCUGUCGGUCAACUUCAACCUUUAACAGACUCAAUGGGUCAACCCUUAAUGAACUCUAUGGGUCAACCCUUAAUGAACUCUAUGGGUCAACCCUUAAUGAACUCUAUGGGUCAGAAGUUAACGUACACUGUGGUUAAACUGGUGACCAAGUCUGUGGUUCAACCGGUAACAAAUGCUAUGGUUCAACCGGUAACAAACUCUGUGGUUCAACCUAUAAUGAAGGCUGUGGUUGAGCAUGUUCCUGAUUCAGAGAUGGAGCAGGAGAAUGGUUGUGAAGGGGCUGUGUGUGAGGGGGAGCAGGCCCCUGGUCUGGAGAUGGAGCAGGAGAAUGGUUGUGAAGGGGCUGUGUGUGAGGGGGAGCAGGCCCCUGGUCUGGAGAUGGAGCAGGAGAAUGGUUGUGGUUUAAACAAACAGCCGGUAACCGACUCUAACACGGAGGUCAUGAAGCAGCCCCAGGCUGGUGACGCAGCUGUCUCCCUUUCCAACGGUACAUCUGCUGUGCCCAACGAGGAACCAACAGACUGUAGCGCCCCUAUGGAGGUGGAACCAUCAGCCACAGCCUGUGUUUCCCCAGGCAUUAUGUUAUGCAGCACCCUCCACCCCUUCGCUCUGUGGGACCACAGAGGUUACUGUGAGGUGGGAGUGUGGGCUCCAAGCCCUGAGACAGAGGAGGACUGUGUCUCAGACCCAGCACAGCAACCCAACCCUGAAGACAACAUCCAUGAAGUAAUCAUAGACCUUAUACAUGAGUUCCUGGCGUUCUUCUAUGUGAAGUACGGCAGCUUUAUCCCCCUCAGUGAGACUGACGUCCUGGAGCAUCUGAAGAACAAGUGUAACACUGACCUCCAUGACAAGAAGCUAAACAUCCAUUCAGAAAUGAUGAAGUACAAAGCGGGUCUCGCCUCCACCUCUAUGAAGUGCUUCAAGGUGGACUACAACAAGCACACUCUGACCCUGGAGGACCUGUCCACACUGGAUGACCAAAACUGGGUCAACGACCAGGUGAUAAACAUGUAUGGAGAAUUGAUCAUGGAGGCUACACAGAACAAGGUUCAUUUCUUCAACAGCUUUUUCCACAGGCAGCUGGUGGCCAAAGGCUACGAAGGGGUUAAGAGAUGGACCAAAAAGGUGGAUCUGUUUUCUAAGAGGCUGUUGUUGAUUCCUAUCCACCUGGAGAUUCACUGGUCCCUGAUCACAGUGGAUAUAGCCAACCACCACAUCCACUAUUAUGACUCCCAGGGCAUCGUUUUCAAAUACACCAUGGAGAACAUCCUGAGUUACAUCCUGGCUGAGGCCGAGGAGAAGAAACAAACUGGAUAUCAGAAAGGCUGGAAGACGACUAUAAACAAGGGUAUUCCUCAACAGAAGAACGACAGCGAUUGUGGGGUCUUCAUCUUGGAGUACUGCAAGUGCCUGGCAUUGAAAGAGCCGCUGCAGUUUACACAGGAUGACAUGCCCAAAGUCCGCAAGAGGAUUUACAAAGAGCUCUGUGACUGUAAACUGAAUGACUGAUCAACCGCAGUGUCCCAGCUCAGAGAGUACACCUGCCUCUCCACUGGACCGUGGGCUUAACGACUGUUUGACCCUUAUUGUGGAAGGGCCAUUAAUACUUUAAAACAUGACGAGCCAAGAAGCUGAAUGAAGUGCGGUGGAAACAGGACACGUUGUUUGACUAAAGACACAGAGAUGGUAACCAUCUGUCCUUCAGUGGAGGGCCAGCGGUGCAUAGGUGGGACUUUUUUUUUUUAUACCUUGAUAAUGAGAGAGACUUUUGAAUUUCUUUUGAGUUGACGUCCACAAAGUUUCCACUGCUGACUGACUGGCUGACCUGGAGCGAACACUGCUGGUAGGUUUCAGAGGCCGGUAAUGGGCCUACCAGUGUUUACGACACGUUUCCUAGCUUCAGUUCUUGAAAUGUAAACAGGAGAUUAUAUGGGAYAGUAGGUGAAACUUGAAGGUUCUUGUUUUAUAUCAUGUAGUGUUUGCCUGACUAGUGAGGUAGAGAACAAUAACUCAUCGAAGGCUAGCUUUUAACUGAAUAUACUGUUUUAAUGUUACWUAAUCUCGAACCGCUUCUUAGUUCUUGAGAAACUCCACGUUUGUUAUCGGGGAGUUAGUUAUGAUUAACCAUGAUGCUCCACUGAGAAUGGCUUCAUGACAACACACACCUCUUCCUGCUUCUGUUGAAAAUACGCUGUUAAAACAAUAAGUAUAUCUUGACAUUUUAGUGUACUGAGGAAGAAUUUAAUGAUACUGCUGUAGAACAGUUUCUAAGCCUUUUAUUGUAUGAGAACCAUAGCUGGCCGGGCCAUCUUCCUCAUUGGAGGAUCACCAAUCACUUAGGUGGUGUCAGUCCCCCAUCUGAGGGUGCUGGUCCACAAACAGGUUGUAGAUGAGAAAAUGCUGCUGUAGAAAUUGCUGAAUCCCAUCUAUACUGUCUGUCAUUAAUGCACAUUUGAGCCCAGUGUAUACCUGGUGCUAACAUGUGCCUUUUGUGCUGUUGUCCACAUUCUGAUUGUGCCCACAUUUUUAAGACGGGUGUAGACGAUUAAAGUGUCUGGAUAUCAAUCAAGUGUGAACAGAUCUGGAUGUUCAAAACCAUUUCAGUCAUCAUACCAGUUAGCACCAUUGAUUUAUGGCAUCAGUAACUGUCUUUAAAUAAAUAAACUUUUUUCUGCAAUGGG